AUGGCAACCAAGCCUGUCCGGGUGGUCAGCUCUAUGGGCGAGCAAAGCGUCGGCAAGAGCUACUGUCUCAAUCACUUCGCAGACACUUCCUUUGCUGGAUCUGCAAUGCGCACUACCGAGGGCGUGUGGCUUUCUUGCACCCCAACAGAGGAUUAUCUGCUCGUUUCUCUUGAUUUCGAAGGUGUUCACUCUAUCGAGCGAAGCGCCCAAGAAGACGCAUUACUUGUCUUAUUCAACACUGCUAUUUCCAACCUUGUUCUCUUCCGUAACAACUUUGCAAUGUCAAGAGACAUUGCCGGUCUCUUCACGAGUUUUCAAUCAUCUGCCACGGUCUUGGAUCCCAACGUCAACCGGGGGCUGUUUAAUUCAACGUUGGCAAUUAUUAUUAAAGAUGUUACCAAUGCAGAUUCAAAAGAUAUUGUCAGGGAAUUCUCGUUGAAGUUUCAGGGCAUUGUAGAGAAAGAGAGAGAUCAGAACUUCAUUACGCGUCUUCAUCGUGGGCGCAUCCAGAUUAUCCCGUGGCCUGUUAUCAAUUCGCCGAAUUUCUAUACAUUAUUUAGUCGCCUCCAUCAGAGACUUGAUCAACAGCCAUUCACGCACGGGGGAGGGGGUGCGUUUUUACACAACCUGAAGACACUCAUGGCCAAAAUCAAAACCAGCGAUUGGGGUUCAAUGGAUCAAAACGUCGCUGCCCAUCGCGCUCAACAGCUGAUAGAGAGGUUGCCAAAUGCACUGAGCUUUGGACGUCAUGAGGAAGGGCCGCUCAAGAAUAUGGAUGCGGAUGCAGAGCUCGAAACUCCUGAGUUUAUGCCAUCGCUUUUUGUUCCUGAGUUUGCGACCGGAAACGAUGCAGAGAGCGAGGCUUUGGCAGAGCAAUCAUUGCUUCCUGACACUAUGUUUAUUGAGGGCCUGCAGACGAGUAUAUAUGAGGCUCUCGAUCACCGUCUGACACUCGUUCGUAACUGGGUCAACGUGAAUAUCGAGCGCUUCCCUCAGGGUAACCAGGAUAUACGAAACCUCACAAACAAACUUGACGCAGCCUCACUUGGUAUGAGAAAUGCUGUACGGCACUCGGGCGAACACAGCUGCGGGACCAAUCAUCAAUGCGUUCUUGACUGCGAGGUUGCUGAGGAACAUUCACAACGAGAACCAUGUGGGUUGCCUGCCGGCCAUGGAGGAAGACAUAUGUGUGAUGUGAAGACCCACUCUUGCGGUAUGGAAUGUCACUUGAGCGGAAAGGGUGGUUGCGCCCAGUCGUGUAUCAAGAUCAUGACGGGGAUCAUGUGUGCUCUGCUCGAGCACACAUCUGUGGGAAGCCCUGCGAUCUCCGAAAUGCGAGGCAAGGGAACAACGGAAUGGUGUUUAGUUGCCCCGGGACAUGCACCGCAUCGUGGGAUGAACCACACGAACGCCAUGCUUGUGAUAACUCCCGCGCUUGUCCUAUCGAAUGCACCUUAUGCAGACUCUGACAAGGAUGAUGUUGAUCCAGUGUACGAAUUGCAAGGACGAAAGUUUGGGUCUGGAGACGAGGGAGCUCCCAUGCUUUGCAACUUGGUUUGUGCGGCGCAAGGUCGCCAUGCACAUAUCGAUCACUGUCGCGAUCCCGGUAAUUGUUCGAAUACAGAUUGCGAGCAUAUCGCCGAACGUAUGCACCCUGACCCUAAUAGGGAGAAAGACUGGAUAUCUCACGCUACAUUUUGGGCGCGAAGUGGCUUCAAAGACCCGUACCCACAGGAGGAGCAGAAUGAAUUCUCUAAAUGCGACGUACUCUGUGCUGGCCCUGAGCAUGAAGCUUCUGCUACUGCCCAAGCAAAUCCAUCCUAUUGUAUCCUACCUAUAUUUCACGCCCCUGAGGCACAGCAGCCAGCUCCUCCAACCGGCCAUGUAUCGAUAGAUGGUCACGCCUUUGACUGCCAAAAUCCAUCCAGGAUGAAUCAAGCGUAUCACAUGUCGCUCAGGAUCUAUGUACGGUGGGGAUCGACGCCCGCUUCCAGAUACGCCAAUCAGUACAAGUUGAUAUCUGAGUCCAAUAAUCGCUAUGGCGCAGUUCUGUCCGCAUUACACGGUUUCUGGCUCUCUCGAGAGGUUGUGGCCUGCUCCACUGCCACUCAAGCCAGGCAGGAUGCCUAUUCAGUCAUAACCUUUGCGUCUAGUGCAACGACACGGGUUCAAAAUGACUUUAUGAGCACAACUGACCAGCUGAUAUCACACUUACUUCCCCAAAGGUCUGGGGGAACCAACUUUCAUGCAGCGCUGAAAGAGGCUCAGUCUCUUAUUGAAAACCAUUGGAGUAGUGAUAGAUCACCCGUGAUAAUUUUCCUUUCGGAUGGAGAAUGCAAUAUUGGCGACAAUGCGGUCUAUGAUCUUUGCCACCUCUGUGUCCGGUUAGGCAAAGCUUUGGCAUUCCACUCUGUCUCCUUUGGCCAGGACAGGUGUUCGGCAUCGCUUCGUCGAAUGGCUGAUAUCGCUCAUGAAGUUUAUGCGUCCGCCCCUCAAGAUGUACUUUCAGCUGCCCGUGGAAACCCUUGCGCGUACACGAAUGCCAUCGAUACAAUUCAACUUGCGGAUACGUUCUUGGGAAUAGCUAGCUCGCUUCAAAAGCCCAGGGCAUCCCUUAUGAAUCAGCACGGAUCCGGAGGAAGGUGA